UCCUCCUCCUUCCUCCUUCCUCCCUCCUCACGGUUCUUCCGCACGCUGUGCUCCGUCUCUGGUGAGAGAUGGGGGGAGCUUCUGCUGCUGCAAUCACUUCAUUGAUAUUCUUAAUAUUACUGACCCUCGAUGCUUCUCUUGCUGGUAAAAUAACCUCGGAGCUCGAAAGUUCUGCAGCUGCGAGAACUCUUAAGCAAGUCAAUGAGCAUGCUCAUGAAGUGCAUUGUUCGAGAGAAAGAAGUCGAGCAGCAUGGGAAAUCACCGAGGAGUAUCUGAUGCCAUUUGUGGAGCAAGAGAAAUAUCAGAUCUCUCAGGCUUGCAGGCUUCAUCCUGAAAAUGAUAUGUUCAGAGAUCAGGAGGAGCACAAGAUUCAUGUGGACAUCAAUGAAUGGCGAUGUGGUUAUUGCAAGAAAUCCUUCCGAGUUGAGAAGUUUCUUGAUAAGCAUUUUGACAGCAGGCACUACAACCUUCUGAAUGUCAGUAGCAGCAAAUGUUUAGCUGAUCUCUGCGGAGCACUACAUUGUGAUUUCAUAAUAAAUUCAAAGUCAACUAAGACCAAGUGCAAUCCUGCAGCUGCAGCUCGAAAUCGCCAUCUAUGUGAGAGUCUUGCAGAUAGAUGCUUUCCAGUGAGUCAGGGUUUAUCAGCAAGUCGUCUUCAUGAAUUUUUUCUGCGACAAUUCUGUGAUGCUCACACUUGCAAUGGAAAGAAAAAGCCUUUCGCUAAAGGAGGAAAGAAGCACACAAGCAUAUUCUACCUGGCUAUUUCUAUCCUGACCUUGAUGCUGCUCCCUCUUUUCUAUAUUAUUAUCUAUCUAAGUCAGAGAGAUAUGAGGGGCAAACAAGAGCUUAAGCGCAUAAAAAAGAGUGGUUAAAAAACAAAGCCCUCGUAACUGGUACCAUCUCUAUGGUUCUUGCACGACAAUGUACAAUACAUAAAUAGAUCGGUGUUACAACUGGCCUCAUAGAUACAUUUAUGCAGGCCUGACUCCUGCCUGGGGGGGCUUCUGGUACAAUUGCUUUCCAUCUUGACGCGCUGAGGUGAAAAAUUCAUUAGGAGUCCCCGAAAUAGUUGCUUAGUUUCUAUCUUUCCAUGUAGCAUUUAACUCGGGUCUGAGCCAGAGUUCAAUCUGAUACUAUUCCAUCAGAGAGAUGUACAUAAUCUCUAAUAUACGCAUGUGCCGUGAUUGUCAUUCCAUCUCCUUUAGCUUUUUAAUGCAAUCUCCUCUCAGAUAA